CUACUGGAGCUGAUAAUGACCUCUAUAUAAACCAAGCCAUAGUAUUUAUUGAAGAUGCAAUACAGUAUCGAUCUAUAAAUCACCGUGUGGACUCCAAAUCCCUGUGGCUUUAUCGAUGGUACUAUUCAAGAACUUGCCAGUGGAUUUUGAGUUUAACCAUUACUGUAAUCCUGGCUUUGGCUUUCGUUGAAAAGCCUUCUUCACUUACUAUCACGUCAGAUGUACGAUACCGCCUUCCUGCGUGGAAUCCUCCCUGUGGCCUAAUGGAAAGCAUUGAGCUGCUUUGCUUUCUUGUGUUCUUGGUUGAUGUAUCCGUGAAGAGUUACUUAAUUGGAUGGGAAGAAUUUUGGAAAAAUAAAUGGCUGGUCGCUUAUAUACUGACAUUAAUUGUUUCCCUUGCUGAUUGGGUUGUAUCUCUGAGUUUUUUCUGCACAGAGAAUGUGAGAAUAAGAAGAAUUCUUCGUCCUUUCUUUCUCCUUCAGAAUUCUUCUAUGAUGAAGAAAACAUUAAAAAGUAUCAACAGCACAUUGCCUGAAAUGGCAAGUGUUGUUCUACUACUAGCUGUCCAUCUGUCUCUCUUUACCAUGUUUGCCAUGCUGCUGUUUGCUCGAACGAAGGAUGGCCAGCAGGAUAAGGAGUGGGUGGGCUAUUUCCGGAAUUUGCCGGAUUCAUUGACGUCACUGCUGGUCCUGCUAACUACUGCAAAUAAUCCCGAUGUGAUGAUUCCUGCAUAUUCUCAGAAUCGAGCAUAUUCACUCUUCUUCAUACUCUUUACUGUAUUAGGCAACUUGUUUCUGAUGAACUUGCUUACAGCAAUAAUAUACAACCAGUUUCGAGGUUACCUUCUGAAAUCAGUUCAGUCCUCCCUCUUCAGGAGGCGACUAGGAAUCCGGGCUGCGUUUGAAGUGCUUUCUUCCCUGAAAGAGACUCCUGCUAAUGCACAACAGUCUUAUGUCAGCGUUGGGGCCUUACUACAAGUGCUGCAGAAGGUUGAAAUGGAUUCUCGCUGCAAGCAAGCCAUCAUGAGAUCACUCAAAAUGUGCUCCUGUGACCAGCUGUCAGCUGCCCAGUUUCAGAAGCUCUUUGAAGAACUAGACAAAGAUGCUAUUAAGCAACAUCCUCCCAGUCCAGAGUACCAAUCCCGUUUUAUGCAGAAAAUGCAGUUUGCCUUUGGCCAUCCCUACUUUGGCUACUUGGGGAAUGUUGUAGCCCUUGCAAACAUUAUUUCUAUCUGUGUGGUUUUGGUGAUGGAUGCAGAUAAGCAGCCAUCUGAAAGAGAUGACUUCUUCCUGGGGGCUAUCAACUGCUUCUUCAUCCUGUACUAUCUGCUGGAAAUGUUGCUGAAAAUCUUAGCAAUGGGCUUGAAAAGAUACUUGUCAUACCCAAGCAAUAGAUUUGAUGGACUUCUAACUGUAAUUUUGCUGGUUUUAGAGAUUGCAACUUUUGCUGUGUAUGGAUUUCCUCAUCCUGGUUGGAGACCCGAAUUCAUGGGCUUGUUAUCCCUGUGGGAUAUGGUGCGAUUGGUGAACAUGUUAAUUGUGUUCAGGUUCCUGCGGAUUAUUCCUAAUAUGAAGUUCAUGGCUUUGGUUGUUACUACAUUGCUGGAUCUGGUGAAAAACUUGAGAGCCUUUGCAGGAAUCCUUGUG